CGAGAACCCUACACAAGCCAAAGCAGGGCAGCAUAUGUAAAACGCUCUUCUGCCUCCAAAGUCGGCAAAGCUUUAACCCCAUUAUCAAUGACGGCAUUCUCUCACGGCGGCAGCGCGCUUCCCUCAUUCGACUCGCAAACCGGCGGAAACAUUUCCCGCGGAAAUGUCUGCCGCGCCUAGUCUCUACGUUCAAACUUGCUGCGCCGGCCUUGCCUGUUGGGGAGGCGUGCAGAAAGCUUACCGCCAAGGCAAACGCGAAACCCGGCACACCGCGACUUCGCACUGGUGGGUUGCGAGGGAACUGGGGGAAAGAGAGGUGCACGAUACCCUGCUUGCCUUGCGUGGAUGGUGCGCGUGCUUAGUUAGUGCUUAUGCGGCGCGGUACCCUACGAGUACGGCGGGCUGCUUCCGUUCGCAUGACGAAUGCGGCAGCUGGCUGGAGUGGAAGAAGCGGAAGUGACGGGGGGG